UUGAUUUUGUGCCAUUUCACGAUUACAAAGCUAUCUUUGUGGACAAGAAAUGCAUUUAAUGCGCAAUUUUAUAUAUUCGAGACGAAAAUUACUAUUAAACUUAUACAGCAAUAACUUUAGUACAAGUGCAAUUAAAACACAAAAUGUGCAACAGGCGACAACAGGUGCCACAAAGCGAAUUUGCAUUGUCGGCGCUGGCCCCGCCGGUUUCUAUGCAGCUCAAUAUUUACUCAAGCAGCUGAGCGAUUGUGCCGUGGACAUCGUGGAGAAGUUGCCGGUGCCUUUUGGAUUGGUGCGCUUUGGAGUUGCGCCCGAUCAUCCGGAGGUCAAGAACGUCAUUAAUACGUUUACGAAGACGGCGGAGAAUCCGCGACUACGUUUCUUUGGCAACGUAACACUCGGCACAGAUGUGACCCUGCAGGAGCUGCGCGAUCGUUACCAUGCCGUUCUGCUCACCUACGGUGCGGAUCAGGAUCGCGAACUGCAGCUGGCGAAUGAGGAACAGCCGCGUAUCAUAUCGGCCAGGAAGUUUGUGGCCUGGUAUAAUGGUCUGCCCGGCGCUGAGCAACUGCAGCCCGAUUUGAGUGGACGCGAUGUGACUGUUGUGGGGCAGGGCAAUGUAGCCGUUGAUGUUGCACGCAUGUUGCUCAGCCCUCUGGACAGCCUGAAGCUGACGGAUACAACCGACUAUGCACUGGAGGCACUCGCCAGUAGCAAAGUUGAGCGGGUUCAUCUGGUGGGUCGUAGGGGUCCGCUACAGGCUGCGUUCACCAUCAAAGAGCUGCGCGAGAUGCUCAAGCUGCCAAAUGUGGACACGUGUUGGCGCCCAGAAGACUUUACGGGCAUUGCUGACCAGUUGGAUAAGCUGCAGCGACCACGGAAGCGUCUUACCGAACUGAUGCUAAAGAGUCUGGGCGAGCAGAGCAAUCGCAAGGGUACCCCUAGCAUUGGGAAACAGUUUCUGCCCGUCUUUCUGCGUGCGCCCAAAGCGAUUAACCAGAAUGAAAUGGAAUUUGCAAUAACCGAACUGAAGAACAAUGCUGCAGUGGCCACAGAGGCAACGGAACGCCUGCCGGCAAAUUUAAUACUGCGCAGUAUUGGCUACAAAUCCAGCUGUGCCGAUGCUGCCAUCAAUUUUGAUGCGCAACGCGGCCAUGUGUGCAAUCUGCAAGGACGCGUGCUUAAGGACAACUCAUCGAAGAGUGUGGAGCCCGGCCUGUAUGUGGCUGGCUGGCUGGGCACUGGACCAACUGGCGUUAUACUGACUACCAUGAAUGGCGCUUUUGCCGUUGCCAAAACCAUUUGCGAUGACAUUGCGGCUAAAUCCUUUGACACAGAUGCACUAAAACCGGGCUUUGAACCGGCCAACAAGUCCGUUGUCACCUGGAGCGGCUGGAAUCGCAUCGAUCAAUACGAACGUGCGGUUGGCAAGGCCAAGGGCAAGCCUCGAGAGAAAAUUGUUACUAUUCAGGAGAUGUUGCGCAUUGCUGGCGUCUGAUAAAUUGUAAUUGUUGGAAACAAGACAGCAUCAAUUUACUUGUUCAUAGCUCACUGAGUUUUCCGGGUUUUGUGUAAAUAAUGUAAAUAUUAAGAAAAGAGGCUUCAAUUUUUUAGCUAAAUUAAAUCUAUGUAUAAAGCUUAAA